GACGUUGGACCACCAUGACUUGGUUGACUUGAACGCCAGUUUAAACGCUAUCAAAUGUUAGCAUCAAAAAACAAAGUGGUUUAGUAUUGUUAUUAAUUCGAAAUUAGUUGUCCAAGUGAUCUUUCCAUUAUACAUAUAGUUGGACAAGCGCGACUUCCUCGUUAGGCUAAUGUAUAUAAUAUAUAAGACGAGAGAGUUAUGCAUGGAGACGUGCUACGAAACUUGUUUCAUACUUUUGUUUUUUGUCAGAAAAUUGUUGCAAAAAGGCAAUUUAUUGAAAUUCAACAAUUCUAGUUUAAGUUCUGGAUUUGAAUUUCUGAACAAAUGUCAUCUCCGGACAGAUUUAUGCUCAUUCUGUAUGCCUAACCUUUAAAGCUCCAAUUUGAGUUUACAAAAUGCCUAGGAAAAAGAAUAUGAGGGAGACUUCUAAAAGAAAAACAAAAGAGAGGGUAAAAAAGACGUAUAAGAAAAGUAGUGUAAAGAAAUCUGCUGAAAAAAAGAAGGUAGAAAAAAGUUAUAGCCUAGAAGCAUUGCAAGCUGCUCUCAAUGCGAUGGGUGAAGGCCAAACUUUACGCCAAGCAGCCGCAAAUUUUGGGGUUCCUAAAAGUACACUUUUUUUGAAGUCAAAGUGUAUAGUACCACUUGAGUGCAAGAAGGGCCCCAGAACAGUGUUGAGUACGGAAGAUGAGGCAGAGAUUGUGUCAUGGAUAGUGUUUAGUGCAGAUUCUGGUCACCCUGUUACCAAAUCAAGACUUCUUGAUUACGUACAAAAGUAUGCAACUGAAAAGAAAAUUGACACCCCAUUCAAGAAUAAUAGGCCUGGACAGCACUGGUAUCGUGCCUUCAUGAAACGUAAUCCUAACCUCAGCAACAAGAUUGUACACAAUCAUGCUAGCACAAGAGCACCUGUCACUGAAGAAGAUCUUCGAGAUUGGUUUGCAAAGAUAAGACUGCACCUAGAAGACAAAAAAUUGUUAAACAUUGAGCCGCACAGGAUUUUUAAUGCAGGUGAAUCAACGUUUAUGCUUACCCCAAAAUACAACAAAGUUUUGACUGAAGAAGGAGUUAAGGCUCCUCAUGAGAUUGUAUCCAGUAACGAGAAAGAUACCUCAACAGUAUUGUUCAGCAUAUCUGCUUCUGGAGUUAUGCCACCUCCUAUGAUUUUGUUUGACUUCAAAAAGACUCCAAAGAAAAGUGUUAUAGAUAAAAUACCAAAAGGCUGGGGAGUUGUAAACACAGAACGGGGUUUGACGACAUCAGAGAGCUUUUACAGCUAUAUUACUAAUGUUUUUUACAAGUGGCUAAAAGAAAACAACUAUGUUUUUCCUGUGAUUUUAUACGUGGAUGGACGUAGCUCACAAAUAACGUUGCCUCUACUUAAGUUUUGCAAGGAUCAUCUUAUUGAACUGAUAAUAUUGUACCCAAAUGCAACACACAUUAUCCAUCCAUUGGAUGUUGCUAUAUUCCAUCCAUUAAAGGACUCGUAUAAGAAGGUCUUACAGGAAUGGAGAAUAGAUAACAACAUAUACAAUUUCAAGAAACAAAUGUUUCCACCAGUUUUGAAAAUGGCUUUGGAAGCGUGUGAUUUCACUGAAGCUGCUAUUACUGGUUUUAAAACUUGCGGACUAUACCCUUUAUGUGCUGAUGCCGUUAACUAUAACAUUUUAAGUAAAAAAAAUAAAAAAAAAGAUGUUACUCACAAAUUCAAUUCAACAAACAACGCAGUUCAAAAUAGAGAAGAAAUAAGUGAAGGAUUAUUGAAAAUAUUCGAACAAGAUCUUAUUUCUCCAGAUGUAUUGGCAUCUUUUAAGCAAGCAGAAACAGAUGGUGUAUGGAGUGGUGAUGUGGCAUACGUCGCAUUGUUUGAAUCUUGGCUCAAGUUAAGAAAACUUUGUAAUGUAUCUGAUGCAGAAAUGAUCGCUACAGUAUCAGACGAGUCUUGUGAUCAUGGGAUGUCAGACAAUAUUACUAUUGACUUUGUUGAAGUUCAGAUGCCGAAUACUGAUUAGAACAGUCAAGUUAUUGAUAUCACUUCUGAAUCAGUUGAAAUCAAAUUCGAAGUGAUCUGAAAUAGUUAAUGAAGCCAUAUGAGACACUUCUGUGCAUUUCAACUUAUCUGCUAUUGAGCCUUACAUGAUGUAUAUUGCAACAAAAAAAAGUUGAAAAGAAGGAAAGGGAGCAAUAAACUUUGUUAAAUAAAAGUUAAAGAGAAAGAUGAGAGAAAAAGAAACAGCUAGUGUACAGCAGUAUAAUGAAAAUAAAAAGAAGAAACUGCAAAUAAAAAAAGAGUUACAGAUAGAGAAUUUGAAAAAUCUGUAAAAUUAGGAAAUUGUUAAGAGAAUAUUGCAGCUUUAACUGAUCACUUACAUAAAUUGAAUGUUGAUUCAUCCGAAUCGGAAACUUGGAAGUGUCAUUUUUACAAACCAAAGUAAAAAAAAAAGAAGAAAAAACUGCAUAAAAAAAGUUGACCAAUUUUAGAUGUUUUUGUCACUUAUGCGUGCAUUAUUUUUGUAAAAAGAAAUAAUAAAAUUAAAUAAAAAAUUUAA